CAUAACUUGGACAACCUCGGUGUCGCGCGUAGCUUUUAUCGUUUCAUGCCAAAUUAUUAUACUGCUUGUGUUUCGUGGGAUAGAUAGAAUUUUAGGAUGUUUUCUUUGUCGGAUUUUGAACAAUUUGCUCAACAAAGUCUUAGCAGCGACGCAUGGAGUUACUAUUCCAGUGGAGCAGGCCUGCAGCAGACGAUGAAGGACAACGAGGCCGCAUUUCUAAGGUAUCGUCUCCGGCCGCGUGUGUUGAGAGAUGUAUCUGCGGUAGAUACGAGAACUUCAAUCUUGGGGAACGCCAAUGAUUUCCCGGUGUGUGUCGGCGUCACUGCAAUGCACAAGUUGGGUCACGAUGAUGGAGAAUUGGCCGCGCGUCAUGAACCUAAUCAAUAAGUGAUACUCAGGCCUAUUAUAUAUGCGGUGAAAAUUGUUUUAGAUCUCAAACGCGCAUGCAAUUAACCUCACGGCGUUAUGUGAAUAGGAUAUCGUCUAGUCACCAACUAUAUAGAAACAUUUUUGUGGGAGUAUAAAUAAAGGG